AUGUCAGGUAGUAAGAGUAUAAUGGAGCGUUUUCUGAAUUUGAAAAGAAAAUCACCACCACCCACAAGCAAUGAUCCUAGUCAUGAUGAAAGUCCAUCAAACCCGGAAAGACUUCGUGACCAUGUGGGCAAAUCUCCUAAUAGUUUUCAUAAUACGACAGUCAAAAGAUGUGAUAAUUUGCUGAAACAAGGUCUAGCAUUCCGUGGUCAUGAUGAAUCAGAAGAGUCUAAGAACAAAGGAAAUUUUCGAGAGUUAUCAAUUCUUUUGGCAGAGCAAAAUGAGAACACAAAGAGAGUUGUGUUAAGAGAUGCGCCUGGAAAUAAUAAACUGAUAGCUCCAGAAAUUCAGAAGGACAUUGCUGAAUGCUAUGCAGAGAUCAUAGUCAAAUCUAUUGUUGCUGAAAUUGGUGGUGGAGUUUUCUGUUUAUUGGUUGAUGAGUCCGCAGAUGUUUCAGGCAAGGAACAAAUGGCUGUAGUUUUGCGGUAUGUCGACGAGUUCGGAGCAGUCCAAGAAAGACUUAUUGGUGUUGUUCAUGUGAAUGAGACAUCUGCUUCAUGUCUCAAAUCCGGCAUUGAUCAGUUGUUCAAGAAGUAUGGAUUGAACGUAAAACAAGUUCGAGGCCAAGGGUACGACGGGGCUAGCAACAUGAGAGCUUCUUGUAAACGAAAAGACUUGAUUAGGGAGAGUCAGCAAGAAAGAGUGAAGAAAGGUAUUGGUUGUGGACAACUUAGUACUGGAACGGGAUUAAAUCAAGAGCUAUCACUUCAAAGAGCUGGAGACACUCGUUGGGGUUCUCACUAUAAAACUCUUCGGAGCAUACUUAACUUGUUCCCAGAUGUUAUUGAAGUACUCAAGUAUGUUGAAAAAGAUGGGCCAAGUGAUGCAAAGAAGCGUCAAGCUCGUGGUCUUUUAGAUUAUGUUACUGAUUUUGACUUCGUGUUUCAUCUACACUUGAUGUUUCUUAUCUUGGGACAUGCAAAUGCUUUAUCUCUAUCUUUACAGAGGAAAGAUAAGGACAUCUUGGAGGCUAUGGUAGAGGUGAAGUUAACCAAGCAAAAAUUUCAGAAAAUCAGAGAUGACGGUUGGGAGUCUCUAUUGGAGAGAACUCACUCAUUUUGUGAGCUGUAUGAUAUUCCUAAGUUGGAUAUGGAAGAAGAGUAUAUAGACCGGCAUAAACCAAGGAAAAAAACCAACCACACUAACUAUCAGCACUACAGAUAUGAUUGCCUCAAUCCUGUUAUUGACUUGCAGCUUGCAGAGUUCAAUGAUCGUUUUAAUGAAGUAAAUUCGAGCCUUCUUACCCGAAUGGCUGCAUUCUGUCCAAAAGAUUCCUUUGAAGCUUUCGAUGUUGAGAGCUUAGUUGAUUUGGCUAAGUCCUAUCCAGAUGAUUUUGAUUCUAUCCAGUUGAAGGAACUUGCUCAUGAGCUUCCUUUCUACAUUGAUAAUGUGCGAGCAGACGAAAGAUUUACAGGCCUGAAAACUAUUUCUGAACUUGGUAAGCUGAUGGUUAGUACAAAUAAGCAUCUUGCUUUUCCUUUGGUCUAUCAGCUCCUGAAGCUAGUAUUAGUGCUGCCUGUCGCAACUGCAUCAGUGGAGAGAUGUUUCUCUGGAAUGAAAAUAGUGAAGACUGUGCUACGUAAUCGCAUUGGUGAUGAUUUCAUGAACUACUGUAUCAUUUGUUUCUUGGAGCAAAGACUUCUAUAUUCAACUUCACGUAAGGAUGUAAUAGAUUACUUUUUGAAGAUGAAAGAACAUAGAGGUCAAGAAAAAUAG